AAACAAAAAAAACAGCUGAAACAUCAAAGGACGCCGGCGUGUGCGUAGGCCUGUGAAAGCGUUUUUGUGAAGAAGUAGCCAGUGGACAAAGGAAAUGGUGUCGAGAAGCGUUCGGAGAAGCUAGCUAGCGUUUGUGCUUCGGUACUGACGGUUCUGAUGGACUCAGGCCAUGCUGCAGUGAUUACUGCCCGUCAACGCUUCAACGGGGUUUUAGAAGACGUUCUAAACCGUGCCAGCGAUGAUGGACGACAUGGCCACGAGGAAAGUGACGAGGUGGCCAGGCAGACGGCCAUGGAGCUGCUGCAGUUACCAAACAGAACCCCCGAGGCUUCUCAGGUAUCGAAACGGUCUGGCCGUAGUCCACGCAAAAGGCCUCGCACUCGGGAUGAGGCUAAGACCCAGACGGAUGAGACGUACCAUGUGAUGAAGCUCUUUGAUCGUAGUGUAGACCUGGCUCAAUUCAAUCGCGAGACACCGCUGUACGUAGUUUGUCGAGCUUGGAUGAAAAACCUGCAGCCCGACCAGCCGUCGGACAGAGGCCAUGACACUGCAGGUCUGGACUUACUGACCUGCGCCACUCUGGGUGGUGAUCCGGUUGUGUUCCGGUUGCCAGCGUCUGAGCCGAAACCAACGCCACUGGCAGCGGGAGGUGGCGCUAUCGCCGCUACGUCGGCAACGGCAACAGCCAUGACAGGCUCUUCGGCUGGACAUCACAGCCUUACCCUUCCGGCCGAAGCUAAGGCUCGCGUCGAUCGUGCUCUCUAUCCUGUCUGUGAACAGUCACCGGCAACCACAGAGCACGCUGCCACCGCGAGGGCAUCGGAUCUACUGGCCAUGAACCAACGUCGUUGGCGUGGCUUACGCGAGGAGCGACGGCGUCACGUUAGAGAGGACAGCCGCCGCCAUCGCGAGAGCUACGACGUUCUCAAGCAGCUGAAAGAAAAGGACUUAUCUUAGCCCAGUGUCAGUGAACACGGGCUUCUGCAACUCCCUUUGUCGUAUUCAUCGAGAGCUGCCACUUGCCUCUAUCGGACUUACUCCACAAGCAGCAGCAGCGCGUAAUGUGACAGGCAAUUAAGCACUGCAUGACCUUGUUCAAAGUACCCGCAGUAACCCUCUUGUAUGUUCCUCUGCUAACUAUUGUCUUUCUACCCAACGGAGCUGCUACCGGUGUUUCUGCACAACGAACGGACGGUAGGUGCCCGCAGCGCGUGUUUCCUUGAUUGUACAUAGCUUCUUGAAUGACACGCAGCUGCUCGUGUCACGCUGGCUAGAGGGCUAGGUGUCUGUUCGUCUCUCUCCGUUGCCACAUGCUGGCCAGUGCUUCUAGAUGUGCGCUCGCUUCGCAGAAAUUAUUUGUUGUGUGCGAGGGCGGAGAUGUGUGUGUGUAUGUCCGUGCGUUCCAUAUUGUGUAGGCUUUCUUUUCUUUUUUUUCUCCUGUGCAUGCGAGUGUUCACUGGGUUCUUUUUGGGCUAGUUUUGCCACCUGAACCCUGACGAGGGUGUUUUUUCUGCUGCUUUUCUUCUUCUUUUGUUACGACAUAACCUGGAAUAUCAGUGCACAUCUUUUCUUCGCUGUUCUCUUUUUGCUUGAUGUGUUGAAUCAAUGUAUUGUAGUUGUACCGCGAUGUGUUGUCAUGUGCUGGUGUGCUGUCUCUGUUAUACCCCCAUAGAAUACUAUGACUUUAUCGAUUUUUUCCUGAUUAAUACUUCGAAGUACAAAUUUUCACGGUCAGCAUCACUUCUCUAUUAUAUCUCCCCUUCAUUCGCUAUCGCGUAUGAUAAUGAUAUUAUUCGUUCCCCUUCCCCCUCCCGUUUCUGACUCGAGACAGUGUAUUGUGUUCACUAUUGCAUUUAGAUCAUUUUCACACGUCCCAGUCUGCCGUAGAGUUCUGAGACUUUCCGGCCAUCCUACGGUGGUCUCUAUCUAAGAUUUGCUUAGCUUUAGUCGUGCCGUAGAGCAUGUAGCCGUUGUGUAACAACAGAACUGUAGCAUUC